GGCCGUGAGGGGCUGCGAGGGGCUGAGGGGCGGCCGGGCCCGCCCGGAGCCUCCCCGCGCCUCUCACGGCGCUCGGGGCCGCGCCUUCCUCCCUCCCUCCCUCCUUGCCGAGCGCUCCCCCGAUCAUUUAACCCACAGUAAUUUCAUCACCCGGUUUUUUUGAAUUAAAAAAAAAAAGGAACAAAAUGAUGUCGAGACAAGCCUUCCUGUGCAGUUUGGGAUCUCUGUACUUAUCCCUCCUGUUCAUCUUCCUCCUCAUGGAUGUUUAUGCCAGGCCUGCAAAUAACUCCAUGCUCAGGGAGAAAGCAGCGGAUGGGAAGGAUGAGAACGAGAUCCUGCCCCCAGACCACCUGAACGGGGUCAAAAUGGAGAUGGAUGGGCACCUGAACAAAGAAUUCCAUCAGGAGGUUUUCCUUGGGAAGGAGAUGGAAGAAUUUGAGGAAGAUUCAGAGCCCAGAAAAAACAGGAAGAAGCUGAUGGUCAUUUUUUCCAAGGUGGAUAUAAAUAAUGACAAAAAGAUUGGAGCCAAGGAGAUGCAGCGCUGGAUCAUGGAGAAGACGGAUGAGCAUUUCCAGGAGGCCGUGGAGGAGAACAAAAUGCACUUCAGAGCUGUGGACCCCGAUGGGGACGGCCACGUGUCCUGGGAUGAAUAUAAAAUCAAAUUCCUGGCAAGUAAAGGCUUUAAUGAGAAAGAAAUUGCUGAGAAGAUCAAGAACAACGAAGAGCUGAAAAUAGAUGAAGAAACCCAGGAAGUUUUAGACAACCUGAAGGAUCGGUGGUACCAGGCUGACAACCCCCCUCCUGACCUGUUGUUGAAUGAGGAAGAAUUCCUGUCCUUCCUGCAUCCAGAGCACAGCAGGGGGAUGCUGAAGUUCAUGGUGAAGGAAAUCAUCCGGGAUCUGGAUCAGGAUGGAGAUAAAAAACUCACCCUGUCAGAGUUCAUUUCCUUACCUGUUGGCACCGUGGAGAACCAGCAGGCUCAGGACAUCGAUGACGACUGGGUGAAGGACAGGAGGAAGGAGUUUGAGGAGGUGAUCGAUGCCAAUCAUGAUGGGAUUGUCACCAUGGAAGAGCUGGAGGAGUACAUGGAUCCCAUGAACGAGUACAACGCCCUCAACGAGGCCAAGCAGAUGAUUGCAGUGGCAGAUGAGAAUCAAAACCACCACCUGGAGCUGGAGGAGAUCCUGAAAUACAGCGAGUACUUCACGGGCAGCAAACUCAUGGACUAUGCACGGAAUGUCCACGAGGAAUUCUGACCCUGCUCGCUGGCCCAGAGCUCUGAAGCACUUUCUGGCUUUCAAAAAAAAAGAGAGGGAGAAAGG